AUGAAUGUAAUCCCCCCACCUACGUUCUCGCCUCCCUCGGAGGAGAAGGAGAACAUUCUUGGGCCUCCCGAGGCACUUGCACCUUUGCCGGGCCACGAGACUCAUUUGCACCCGAGUCUCGUUGCUGGAGUCCCGGUCGCUUCCUGGAAUUUCUUUCGUUUGUUACUGGCGGGAGACAGUCAUGCAGCCCGUCGCGGCGUGCAGAGAGUUGCUCUCGAGAAUCUGGAGCUCUUCACUCCGCGGUUCAACGUUCCUCUCGCGACGCAGCGCGACCUUGCUCUGAAGCGCCUUAAAAAACUAUGCGGCGCUGGACUGUUCUCUGUGUAUGAUUUCGAUAGAGCCCCCCGCCGUCUCCUGACUAUGCACGAAUGCUGUGGCAUGCUGGAUGCUUCGUUGGCUACAAAGUUUACCGUCCAAUUCAACCUUUUUGGGGGAACUCUCUUGCGCCUGGGCUCGAAAGAAAAUCAUGUCCAACGCGAAGUCCUCACCAAGAUCGACAGUCUUCAAGAGAUUGGAUGCUUCGCGCUGACGGAACUGGGUUAUGGCAACAAUGCUGUGUGCCUGGAGACUACCGCUACAUAUGACCCUAAGAGGGAGGAGUUCCUUAUCAACUGUCCAACAACACUGUCACAGAAAUACUGGAUCACCAAUGGUGCCCUGCAUGCUUCCUGGGCGAUCGUCUUCGCACAGCUGAUCAUUCGAGGGGCCAGUCACGGUGUUCACGCUUUCCUUGUGCGGAUCCGGCAGCGAUCUGGAAUCUUAGGCAGUGAUGGCGAGCUCCGCGUUUGCCCAGGGGUGAAGAUAGAAGAUAUGGGCCACAGGAUAGGAUGCAACGGUGUUGACAAUGCGAAAAUUACCUUCACAAACGUGAGAGUCCCUCGGUCGCAUUUGCUCGACAGCAUCACGAAGGUCGAGCCGGAUGGCAGCUUGUUUUCUGUCGUAGAGGACCCGGAUUCCCACUCGCCCGACUUACAGCAAUUCUUAAAGAAUCACAAACACUCGACGGCAACGGCGGAAAAUACCUCGAAAGAAAUCAGCUCUGUUUCCAGUUCAGCUGGUGACGCAAGAAAGGCAAACAUGACAGACCGGAAACCUCGGCGCGGCAUCCGGGAGCAUGCGUCGUCACACGAAGAGAUGCGGAGCGCCGGCAUGGCGGGGACGGGCAGCAGACAACGCGAAAUCUCGAGGUCAAAAGGUCACGAGAAGGAAGCGGGAGGGCGAGCGGCGCCGGGGGGGGCAGGAGAGCAGAGGCAAGGGCCAGUCGUGAGCUCCGUAUCGACCGCGCGAAACCGCUUUCUUCUCCAAACCGAACAGCUGCUGUCUGGGCGCCUCUGCAUCGCCUCCAUGAUGAUGGGUGGGAUAAAAAUUGUGCUCACCAACACCUUCCACUAUUCUUCCUCCCGCCUCUCGACAGGUCCCUCGGGGCUUUCGGACACGCCGAUUCUGUCCUUCGCGGUACAGAAGCAGACGCUGGUGCCGCUCCUCGCUCAGGCCCUGGUGCUGAUGGCGUGGACUAACGAGGUGAAGGCACUCUACGAACGCUUUUCGAGGAUUAUUACCCAGACUGCUUCUGUCAGGCAGGCCUUUCUGAUGGAGAAAAUUGCACUCUUCGCAGCGCGCACGCAGCAGUCGCAGCUCGCGAACGAGGAGGGCCUUCCUGCGGGAAGCGCUGAAUCACGCACAUCAUCGUCGCGCUGGGGGUCGGCGGAGGACCGCGGAACGCGUGCAGAGGAACGGGAUGAGAAUAUACGCAACAGAAACAGACAUAAACAAGCACAAAAACCUCAGUUCCCAUUCCUCAUUGGGUCGAUGCCUGUGAGAGGGCUGCUGGAAGCGCACGCGAGCGCACAUUUCGAAGUUCUGCUUCACUGCUGCGCGCUCAAGCCGACCGUCGCCUGGUGUGCCGAGCGAAUCGCCACCGAAGGCAGAGAAAGAUGUGGCGGCGGCGGAUUCUUGAGUGCCAACCUCUUUGGAGAAUUCAUCGGCGCUGCGCAUGCAGGGCUCACUGCAGAGGGCGACAAUCGCGUGCUGUACGCGAAAGUGAGCAAGGAGAUUUUCACGCGCUCUCUCCAGCACAAUUCGCCAGCGUGGCUUCGGGCCUUGACAGAGCCUCUGCCAACUUGGUUCCACUCCGCGUUUGCAGCACGGAGGAGCGCACAACCCUCCUCUGCUGAAGGACAAAGAAACCAAUCGGCGCGGUCUCCGUCGUUUUCCCCAUUAUUUUCCGUGCACCUCGACACGCACUUACCCAUCCUUCCGCCGCCGACAGAACCCUCGUUUCCUCCGCCGCUCGAGUGUGGCCCGGGAGGCGGAUCGACUUCAGGAAGCAGCAGCUAUCCGCCGCCUCUCUACGGCCCCGAGGGGGAGCUUCUAACUCACGUGCACGUCCUGCUUCGCCACAGGAUUACUCGAAAGAUUCAGAGGCUGAAAGAGCUUCUCCAGAGGAAACAAAUGAAGAAAAUGUGUCAGCACGGCGCCCCAGGCAUGCAAGCGAGAGUCAACGAGAAUGACGGACCCGCAUCAAAGCGCGGGUCUUGUUCCAGUGCACAUACAGCCAAGAUGGACUCACGUAUGCAGAAGAAAAAAGUCGUUUACGACCUAUGGAUGGCCGACCUGGACACACACGACCUCAUUUACUCGUCCAGUCCCGCAUCCAUCGCCAAAUGCUUCGCUGACUUGGCGGCUUUUGAGGCGUAUUUGAGACUUUUGGGGCACAUGAUGCAGCACGAGCACGAGCUCUGCGCCCAGGCUCUGGAAGCACCGCUGUGCCUUUUCGGCUUGUCGUGUUUGGAGAAUGACCUCGGAUUCUUCGUGGGUGAAGAGUUCAUCAAACCUCAGGAAGUGCCCUUGCUUCACCGUGCCAAAAACGACUGCGUCGAGAGAGUGGCGGAGAUCUCCAUGGAGCUGAUUAGAUGCUUUGGCAUCCCUGAUAAGCUGCUCUUUGCGCCCAUUGCCGGAGACUGGGCCGCGUACAACAACAUAUGCGAACCGAAACACGGAGAGCUCUUGCCCUGGGUCGGUGCUGCAUACGUGAGCUUCGAGGCGAGCCAUGGUGUUUACACUAGAGGAAAACGCUUCAUUUGUGAGCCCGGGGUCAAUCGACUGGGCAACAAGGCGGCCCACUCGCAUCCGGUCUUUGUCGAUAAUUGUGGCCGCCGCCUCGAGGGAGAUCCCGAGGAGCCAAAGGGACUGCAAGGCGAACAGAAGGGUGUGAGCGAGAGAGAAGAUACUCUCAACAAAAAGAAUCUCUCUUCCCUAGAAGCAGGCGCCCUUCUCAGCGGCGAGCAGAGCUUCCACAAGCUCGCUUGUGGUGGAGCUCUCCACGACCCUCGCUCCUCUGUGCGCGAUCGUCUCCCCUCCCUCGUCACCAUUCUCCUCAUUUCUGUGUUUUUGACUCUCAGUCUAGCUCUUCCCUCUCGUCUUCUCCGACAGGACAGAGAGUCUUUCUUCUCGAGGCUCGGGAGGGAGCACCCAGUCAGGCCCUCUAUAGCUUCGCGCUCACAGAGCUCACCGUCUCUCGGCUCACGCGCGUCCCUGUUGACGCAUGUUGGGCAAGGCACAGAAGACGCCUCUGCCUUUUCUUCUGAAGAGGCUUCGCCCGCGGCUGCUCCAGGGGGAGCCCAGACUCCGAUUUCUUUCGUUUCAUUAGCAAGUCCUCUUGGAGGAACCGCAGUCUUUUCCGGAGAGCCUCUGGGACUCACAGGCUCCAGAGGGUUUUCACACUCCUCCCUGAGUGUAGGAGACGUGCGGGCGCCGGCCUCUGCGCACAGGCGGCUUUCAGAGGCCCCCCAGCGACGCGGGAACGCAGCAGACCUGUCUUCUCCGGACCCUGGCGCGGCGAGUAGAUCUUACGCCGCGUCGGGCGCGCCUGCACCGCCCCCCCUUCCCGCGGACCGACCGGCGACUUUUAUCGAACGAGGCAGUGCCUCGGCCGAGAGGAACGGCGCUGAUUCUUCCCAGACUGUGUUUACCAAAUCGAGCUUGGAGAAGUUGCCAGACGCUUCGUCCUCGCCUGGGCGCAGGCGCUUUCGAGGCGCUGCGCGAGCAGCCAGGAGCGGCGAGGCAGAACCGAUGCCCCAGGGCGCGCCAGCGAGCGCGGUCAACGCGGCGCACGGAGGUUUUCAGACAGAGGGGCCGUGGAGAAACCUUGUCGUGAGGCGAGAGCGCUCAGGCGCUUGGCCAGCGGGAAAGCCAGACGCAGCCCAGCUAGCGGAAAGGAGCGUGCAGGAAGAGGAGGAAGGGGAGGGAGCAAACAGCCUCGUCACUGCAGACGACGAAGCGCCGCGGAGCGAGACGCACGCCACGGAGGAGACGACGUUUCUGCGCAACGUGCUGCCACAGGCAUCGCCGUCGUUCUUGGAGGUCGGACGAGGCUCGGAUCGUGAUGACGAGAGCGACGACGACGAGGAGGAGCACUCGCAUAGGCGGCGGGGAGACGACGAUGAUCGAGCCAGCGACCGCGAUCACGACGACGACAGAGACGACGAUAGCCACUCGCGGAGAGACAGAGACGACGAUCGCCGCUCGCGGAGAGACAGAGACGACGAUCGCCACUCGCGGAGAGACAGAGACGACGAUCGCCACUCGCGGAGAGACAGAGACGACGAUCGCCACUCGCGACGGCAUGACCGGUACGAAGACGACGAUGACGGCGACCACGGGGACCACGGGAAAGACGACGAAGAUCGCAGCCCUCCUCGCGGCCGCCGCGGGGGGCGUCGCCACAGGAGAGACGACGAGGAGAGCGAGGAAGGCCGGGAAGAGCGCCGAGAAAGAGAAGAGGAAAAAAACGAAGAGCGCCGCGAGCGGGAAGACGAGAGCCGAGAGGACCGGGCGGAGCGCGAGGCGGAAAAGCGGGAGAAGAAGCGAGACAGAGAAGAGGAGCGAAAGCAUGAAACAACAGAACAAGUGCGAGAGCGGCUCGCCGAAAGUGCAGCCGCACCGGGCAAGAGACUCUUGGGGACCUUGCCAACCCUCAUUCCCUUGAAGGGACCCAACUUGGUCCCGGCGUGGGCUUCAAAUCCGGCCGCCGGUCAAGCCCAAGCCGCAACGCCCGACGCACAGAAAGCGCCGCAAGCCGCCCUGCAAGAAGGAUCUCUAAAGGGCGAACGGAAGCAUCAGAAGCACAAAAAAGACGACGAUGACGACGAUGACGACGACGAUGACGACGAUGACGAUGACGAUGAUCACAAAGGCAAAAAGGGGGGGAAGGAACAUGCAGUCCACAAACACGAUCACAACGAAGCUACCGCCUCGGUUGCUGCCGCGAAGAAGGAGCAGGCGCCAGCCACGCCUUCCAUCGUGGCCGCCGCGACGCCUGUCGCCACCGCGACGCCUCCUGCAGGCUCCCACCGCAGGGACUCCUGCAGCCGCCCCCGGCGUGGCUCCGGGUGCAGUGCCUGCAGGCGUCGCGGUCCCCCUCGCCGCGGCGCCGGCCGGGCUCCUGGCAGCGGCAGGCCUCUACGGCGCGGCUCCUACUCCGCAGGCUGCAGCGGCGGGCGCUUCUCCGGGUACCCCUGCUUCCCCCGGGACUCCUGCUUCCCCCGGGACUCCUGCUUCCCCCGGGACUCCUGCUUCCCCCGGGACUCCUGCUGCCUCCGGGACUCCUACUGCCUCCGGGACUCCUACUGCCUCCGGGACUCCUGCUGCCUCCGGGACUCCUGCUGCCCCCGGGACUCCUGCUGCCCCGGGACUCCUGCUGCCUCCGGGACUCCUGCUUCCCCCGGGACUCCUGCUGCCUCCGGGACUUCUGCUUCCCCCGGGACUCCUGCUGCCUCCGGGACUUCUGCUGCCUCCGGGACUCCUGCUGCCUCCGGGACUUCUGCUGCCUCCGGGACUCCUGCUGCCUCCGGGACUUCUGCUGCCUCCGGGACUCCUGCGGAAGCCGCCGCUGCCGCCGCGGGAGCAGCCGCCCCAGGCAGCCCAGCUGCGCCUGGGGCUCCGGGGGUCGCGGUGCCCGCCAGUCCCGGGGUAGUGGUCCCACUGGGGACCACUCCUGAGCAAGCGCUUUUGAGCGCAGUAGUCGCCGAAGAGAAGGCUCGAGAACAGCAGGUGGCUGCCGCUGCGGCGGCUCAAGGCGUUGCCGCUGCUGCUGCUGCAGAGGGCGGCAGCAAGCGGGGGUGGAAGGGCUGGAGUUUGGGGCUGUUAAUUUUUGUGGUGAUUCUCUGUUUUUCGUGUUGCGGCGGGUGCGGGUACAUCUGCAAUAACAAACUUGGCCGCAGCCUGCGCAGAAUGAAGCGGAAGUACAAGGAGGCUCUUCAGAGGCGAAAGCUCUCCGAAAUCGAGAAGGAGCGCGCGAAGGGGAAGUCCAGCAGCGGGGAAGAAGGCAGCGGGGAAGAAGGCAGCGGCGACAACGGCAAGAAAAAACACCGCGGAAGCAAAGACAAGUCGUCGUCGGGGGGCGAGCGCAACGACUCGAAGCGAGGCCAGAAGACACUCAAACUCCGAGGAAAUCACUAG